AUGUCAUCAUCGGAUAUUUUUGAUGUCUUAAAUAUUAAACAGAAGUCUAAGAGCCCAAUACAUGGCUCUUCGCCGCUUCCUAGUGCUGGCUCAUCAACAAAUCUGACCCCAACUGGAAGCCGUGUUUCGAAGCCACAAGUGACGGGUAUGCAGAGGGAAUUGUAUAACUUAUUAGGGGAUAACCAGCCCCCAGUAAUGGUUCAACCUUCUAGUAAGUUUAAGGAGAAGCUGACGAGUAAAGCAAAGCCCUCUCCAUGGACAUAUGCUGAAUUUAAGCCAAGUGGUAAGAACAAUAUAAGAUUGAGACAUUGGGUAAAGGGCUCUAAGGAUCUCCUGGGGCCUGAACCACAGGAAUCUGAUUUUGCAAAGUUUAGCGUUCGUUUGUCUUUGCCAGAGUUCACAGAAGAAGAAUAUGAAUUGUUUAUGAAGAGUGGUGAGACCAAGAAUACAGAAAAGGAAGCUAAUGCAAACAAAUUAGAUCUACAGGAUAAUGCUGAAAAGCCACCUAUGUCGAAUGUUUCAGAACGAGAAUCUAAUGUGGAAGAUGAGAAGGAGAAAAAUAAGGAAGAAAGUGCUGUUGAAGAGUCUGGCACUGAGAAUGGAGAAGUUGGGAACAGCGGUAAGGUAGAGGCUGAAGAAUGGACGUAUGAAGAAGUCGCCUAUCUUUUUACAUUAUGUCGCGAAUACGAUUUAAGAUGGUUUGUUAUCGAUGACAGAUACCUAUUUGAUGGUAAGAGUAGGCCAUUAGAAGAUUUGAAGGCUAAAUUUUAUGAAGUUUCAAAGAAAUAUUUCAAAUUCAAGGAUAAUUCUGAUGUCAAAUUAGAAUCAUUAAAUUUUUCUAAGGAUAAAGAACUUGAAAGGAAAAAGUAUUUACAAAGAUUAUUAUCGAGAUCUGCAGCAGAGAUUGCUGAAGAAGAAGCGUUAAUCAUUGAAUCGAGAAAAUUCGAGAUGGCAGCAAAGAAAACACUCAGUGAAAGAGAGGCAUUACUACGUUUAUUGGAUUCUCCCAUAUCUACCCAAAAUGUGUCGCAAUAUCUUUCUUCUCAGGGAAUAUCUCAAUUGUACAACAAUCUGUUGUCAGAUAGAACACGAAAACGCAAGAAUGACAAUGGUGUACCUGAGAAUCCAUGGAUGAAGCAACAACAACAUUUUGCCCAACAAAGACAACAAUUGCAACAGACGCAAGAGAGGAAAAACAUUGAGACUCAUUCUCAAGACGGACAGGCGUCCCCUAGAAAGACGAAGAAGCAGAAACAAGAACUUCAAACAGCAAUGAAGAGGAAAAGCGAGGCAGCAUAUGCAGAGACUCUAUUGAAAGAUUUCAGCGCAGAAGAAAGGAAAGCGUUGGGGGUCGUAACGCACGGCGAAAAGCUGUCACCUGGUGUGUAUCUGAGAUCAACGAGAAUACCCACAUACAAACCGGCCUUACAAAACAGAGUUGUCGCCACUCUACACGAACUAGGUCUUCCGGUAAGACCAGCAAUGCCAUCGUUCGAAGUGGUGCAAAGACAGGAAGAACUGUUGAAGAAAAUCGUCACUCUAUUGGACAUGAAGAAGCAUAUAGAUAAGCUUGAAGCAGAAAAGUCAAUAACCAAGUAA